AUGGCGACUGCUAACAUGCCCUCGAUUGCCGUGGUGGCUUCGUCACGAGCUGUCAUCUCCGGCCGUUUGACAUCCGCGACCAUCGUGAUCUCCCGCGCUACCGGCAAGAUCACCGCCGUCUUCGACUCCAUCAUCCCAGCAACGGAGUUCCCCUCGGGCACUCCGUACACCGACUAUUCACCCCAUGUCCUGCUGCCGGGUCUGGUGGACGCCCAUGUCCACCUGAACGAGCCCGGCCGCACGGAAUGGGAGGGUUUCUACACCGGCACUCAGGCCGCUGCCUUUGGCGGCGUCACCACUGUGAUUGACAUGCCCCUCAAUGCCAUCCCACCCACCACCACGGUGGCUGCGCUGAAAGAAAAGAUCCAGGCUGCCCAGAGCAAGUGCUGGGUUGAUGUCGGCUUCUAUGGCGGCAUCAUCCCGGGCAAUUCCGGUGACCUCAAGGCCCUCGUCCAAGAGGGCGUGCGCGGUUUCAAGGGUUUUCUGAUUGAUAGUGGUGUGGAUGAAUUCCCCGCUGUGACCGCAGCGGAUAUCGAAAAGGCCAUGGUGGAACUGGCAGACGAGCCCACGACGCUCAUGUUCCACGCCGAGAUGGUCCCUCCUACAACAGCCGGCGUCAGCGUCGUGGACCACAAGUCUGAGCCGCCAGCGGCACCCACCGGCCCCCUGGAAGCCUACUCCACUUUCCUGGCCUCGCGGCCAUCCUCCUUUGAGACGUGCGCUAUCGAACAGAUCCUCACACUGGCCCAUAUCGCCCCAGACCUGCAGCUGCACAUCGUGCAUCUCUCGGCCAUGGAAGCCAUCCCCAUCCUUCGGGAAGCGCGAGCCCGCGGCGUCAAAGUCACCGCCGAGACCUGCUUUCACUACCUCUCGCUAGCCGCCGAGGAAGUCCGCGACGGCGACACUCGGCACAAGUGCUGCCCGCCCAUCCGGUCCAAGCUAAACCAAGACGGUCUUUGGACCGAGUUGGAGAAGCACGCCGGCGACGGGGUCAUUCAAACCGUCGUAUCCGAUCACUCGCCCUGCACCCCGGACCUCAAGCUCCUCCCCUCCCACGUCCCGGGUGGCCUACACUGCAAUGGCGCAUCAACCUCCGUCUCCACCGAAGAAAACGGCAACUUCUUCUCGGCCUGGGGUGGCAUCUCCUCCGUGGGCCUGGGCCUGCCCAUUCUCUGGAGCGAGGUCAGCCGGCGCAAGAAUCUGAGCUCUGCUCCCGAUGACGAGAACACCAGGAACGCCCUGCAGGACAUCGUCAAGCUCUGCUGCGCCAACACUGCCGCCCAGGUCGGCUUGCAGAACCACAAGGGCGAUCUGAGAGUCGGCUUCGACGCCGAUAUCUGCGUCUUCGACGACGCCGCCGAGUGGGUCGUUGAGCCUAGCACAAUGCUCUUCCGCAAUAAAUGCUCGCCCUACCAGGGCCGCACGCUACGCGGCAUGGUUCGCGAGACAUGGCUGCGUGGGGAGCGCAUCUUUAGUCACGAUCAGGGCUUUGCAAGCAAGACUCCGGCUGGCAAGCUGCUUCUCGAGAAACGGGUUUGA